AUUAUCAGAAGGUUUUCUGUAACACACGAGGUUCAUUUGUAUGUCUUUAAUCUGUCAUUAUGUUCCUAAAGAUCAGACUGUAGGUAUCAGGAAGUCUUGAGGCUUUAACUCAGUCUGUGUCUUUAACCGUCUGUCAUUAUUCAGUCAGUAUGGAGCUCAGUCCACUUCCUCUUGUGCUCUUGCUGAUUUCAAACAUCCACUCUGGACACACUGAAGAUCCUCCCAAAACAUCUCUGACUGUUGAGCCACAGAGUUCAGUGUUCACUGGAGACUCAGUUACUCUCAGAUGUGACAUAUAUAAUGAUGGAGUCACUAGCUGGAGGUACUACUGGUAUAAAAAAGGUUCAACCAGAGUUUUCACUGAACUACAGGAACUCACAUUCAGGCCUGUUUCUGAGUCUAACGCUGGUAAAUACUUCUGUUAUGGAUCAGAGAAAGGAGGAUCACGCAGAUCACACUACAGUAAUGAAGUUACACUGACAGUAUCAGAAAGACCAAAAGCCAAAGUGUCCAUUAAACCUGAUCAACAUGGAGGAGACUCAGUUACUCUCAGAUGUGACAUUUAUGCUGAAGGAGUCACUAGCUGGAGGUACUACUGGUUUAAAGGAGGUUUAUUCAUGGUUUCCACUGAACUACAGGAACUCACAUUCAGGUCUGUUUCUGAUGCUGGUAAAUACUCCUGUUAUGGAUCAGAGAAAGGAGGAUCACGCAGAUCACACAGCAGUAAUGAAGUUACACUGACAGUAUCAGAUCCCAGAGCAGUUUUAAGUGUUUCUCCUCAGAAGUGGUUGACUGAAGGAGAUCCAGUGACUCUGAUCUGUGAGGUUAAAGGCUCCUCUACAGGCUGGACAUUCAGCUGGUUCACUGUAACUAAAGUCUCAUCAGUCGUCAAAGAUCAUUAUAAGCUGCUCUCAGACAGCAGCAGAGGAUCUGGAGGAAAAUACACUGUCAGUUCUGCUGCUGUAAAUCACACUGGAGUUUAUGUGUGUAAAGCAGAGAGAGAAGAAACAUCCUAUAAAACAUGGUACAGCAACAAACAACUACUGUGGGUCACUGGUGUUUCUCCUCGAGUCUCUCUGAUCAUCAGUCCCAGCAGAUCACAACACUUCACAUAUGACUCUCUCUCUCUGAGCUGUGAGGACCAGAGUAACUCUGAUGGAUGGACAGUCAGAAGAUACACAGACUUUUGGGGGCGGCUGGAAGAUUGUCCAUCAUUAUGGGGAUCACAAACAGGAUCUACAUGUAAAAUCAGAUCCACCAUGCCAUCACACACUGGAGUGUACUGGUGUCAGUCUGAAUCUGGAGAGAAAUCUCCUCCUGUUAAUAUCACUGUACACUUUGGUGUGAUUCUGGAGAGUCCUGUUCAUCCUGUGACUGAAAGAGAUACUCUGACUCUACACUGUUUAGAUCAGUUUUCAACCCCAUCAAUCCUCAGAGCUGAUUUCUAUAAAGAUGAAUCACUCAUCCAGAGUCAAACUACAGAGAUGAUCAUCUCUACUGUCUCAAAGUCACAUGAGGGUUUCUACUACUGCAAACACCCAGAGAAGAAGAGAGAGUCACCCAAGAGCUGGAUCUCAGUCAGAGCCUCAAGAUCUGAUGGUCUCAAACAAGCUGUGAUAAUUGGAGUGACUGCAGGACUGACUGUUGUAUUUUUGAUCAUUGUCUUCUUUGUCCUGCUGUGGCGCUACAGAAACAACAAAGGUGGAAGAUCUGAGUCUCCCUCUGCUGUCGGUCAACAGCAGAACAUCAAUCAGAAAUCAGAGCAGAACCAGAGUGAAGCCGGAUACAAGACACUGCUGUCUGGAACUGCACAUGUUUAUGACACAGUUGAUGUAACUAAUAAUAAAGACAGAAGCACAGACGCUGUAAGUGGACCGACUGAGAUCACAUAUGCUGAGAUUGAAAUGAAAUCUACAAACAAACAGAAGAAAAAGAAAGAAAAGAAAGUCAAAAACACUGAGAGUUGUGACGGCCUGUACUCUGAACUGAAGCUGGAAACAGAUCAAGGUGCUGGAUCUAGUGGUGUGACGUAUGCUGAGGUUAAAAAAACAUACCCAGAGUAGAAACUUCAAUCCCAGGAUACUGAUGAGUUUACAGCAGGUUGAGAAGUGAAUGACCAGGAUCAUCAAGGCAAUAGAUUUACCAGAACUUACUGUAAUAUUAGCAAUCCUAAAUGUGCUUCAGAGACAGUGCUGGUUAAUGUUU